CCUUGUUGUAGCUGCAGGUCAAUCACUAUUGGAAUUGUCGCCGUAACUCCGCGUUCGCCUACACUUCUUCCGCCUCUUUCGUCAUGGCUUCUGUUGCUGCCAACCGCCCCGUCGUGUCCGUCCUCUCUGUGGAGGGCGAGACCGCCACCGUCGCCUCGCAGGUGGUGCUUCCGGCCGUGUUCACGGCCCCCAUCCGCCCUGAUGUGGUGAACUUCGUGCACACCAACAUGGCCAAGAACCGUCGCCAGGCGUACGGUGUCUCGCGUGAGGCUGGCCACCAGCACUCUGCUGAGUCGUGGGGCACGGGCCGCGCUGUGUCGCGUAUUCCGCGUAUUCAGGGCGGUGGCAACCAGAGCUCUGGCCAGGCUGCCUUCGGUAACAUGUGCCGUGGCGGUCGUAUGUUCGCCCCCACGCGUAUCUGGCGUAAGUGGCACCGCAAAAUUAAUGUCAACCAGCGUCGUUUCGCCGUGGCCUCGGCUCUGGCUGCUUCGGCCGUGCCUGCCCUUGUGAUGGCCCGUGGUCACCGCAUCGAGAAGGUGCCUGAGGUGCCCCUUGUUCUGGACGACUCCGUGGAGGCCACCCAGAAGACGACCCAGGCUCUUAAGGUGCUGGCCAAGAUCGGCGCUGAUGUCGAGAUUGAGAAGGUCAAGGCCUCGAAGAAGAUCACCACCGGCCGUGGCAAGUCGCGCAACCGUCGCUACACCACCCGCCGUGGUCCUCUGAUUGUGUACGCCAACGGCAACGGCGCCGAGAAGGCCUUCCGCAACAUCCCCGGUGUUGAGCUUGCUCACGUGGAGCGCCUGAACCUGCUGCAGCUGGCCCCUGGUGGCCACGUCGGCCGCUUCAUCAUCUGGACCAAGUCUGCGUUCCAGAAGCUGGACGCGCUGUACGGCACGUACACCAAGAAGUCGGCCUCCAAGGCUGGCUACCAGCUGCCGCGCCACCAGAUGAACAACGCCAACCUGGGCCGUCUGAUUAGCUCUGACGAGAUCCAGUCGGUUGUGCGUGCCGGCAAGUACCAGAAGCACCGUCGCUUCCAGAAGAAGAACCCGCUUCGCAACCUGGGUGCCAUGGUCAAGCUCAACCCGUACACGCUGGUGGCCCGUCGCGCUGAGCUUCGUGCUGAGGCCCUUCGUGCCGAGAAGAAGGCGGCUGUGGUCGGCAAGAACCGCAAGAACACGUGCAAGACGGACCCCAAGCGCAAGACCCAGUCGCGUGCUCUGCUCGAGAAGAACGCUUCGGACUAACUACACUGCUCUUUACCUCUACAGCGAUGUAGCAACAUAAGAAACAGCAAUGAAAAGGCCAUGAAAGAGGCUUCAAAAGA